AUAAUUGAGUAUUGGUUCUUGUUCCAGAACAAAACUCAAAACCAACGUUUGAGCCUCGACAUUUUUUUGUUAACUUUACUGGCUGAAUGUUUUCUUGUGUCUGGAUAACCACACACACGCCUGUAUUAACUUUUUAUAUAAUUUGUGGUCACAGUCAGAUGCUUGUGUUGUUUACAGCUGCUCGUGCUUAAAUAUUUUUAUUGACGUGCAAAUUAUACCUGAAUCUAUCGCUAAAUAUUAUUCACAGCAUCUAUAGUUUAGUGUACGACAUGACGGAGGAGAUUCUCCCUAACGAAGACAAAGAGAGAUUGAGGAGAAGACUGCAGCUUCUAAAGCGAGAAUAUGAUAGAACGGCACAGAGACUGCAGAGAGCAGAGCGCUGUGAUGCAAUUCGCAGGCAUGUGCAGAGCAGAGUCUCUGACCAGAACAGACUCAUGCAGAUUGAAUCAUCAUCACACACAUCUUAUGAUAACCAAAAGUCUCUGCAGUUACAAACCAGUAUUGAUGCAAACAGAAACAACCCUGGUUUUUCCGCAGUAAAGAAAAUCCAUUCAAUCCAAUUCCAACUUGCCGAGAUAGCAUCCACUUCCCCAUUGGCCUCUUCUGCAUGCAGACGCAGCCCUGCCCACCGGCUGCGUUCUAAGCGCAGUCGACUGCGGCUGCAAAACCAAGAACGAGAAUCAGAAACUGACAACACUCAAGAAAAAGAAAGAGACAACAUUUAUGAAAGGGAGAUCAUUCUGAUAAAAGAGGACAGUAACUUUAUUGAAAAGGAGAAUAGCCUCAAACAAGGGAGAUUUGUAGGUAAGGAGAAAGAUGGGAAUGAUGAAAUGACAAAAGAAAGAAACAUUGAGGUGGUGCCAGCAGUGGUGGAGAAGAACCAGAGAAUGACAACAGAAGAAAAUUUAGAUGAUAAAAUUACUAAGGCAUCACAAAAACUGGAGAAGGCUAGGAAAUAUUAUUUGAACUGGGAUCAAUCAGAAAUCAAAGAAUUGGUUUCAGGUCCAGAGAAUCAUUUAGCAGUUCAAAUCAUUCACAAUAACCAAGAAGAGGUAAACGUCUCUCCUAUGAAUCGGUCUGUUGAGAACAAUUUACAAUCAAAUUCAGCUGUGUCUAAGGAGAUGUCUGAGGCAGUACAUCCUCUCAACAAAUCAAAUGAGAUGCUUGCACAAAUUAACCAGGAUUCAAACAAAGGUUAUGGUGAAAGCAAAGACAUUAAACAAUCAAGUAUGUCUGCUGGUCUGGAAUCUUGCACAUUGGUUGAGGGUCUUCCAUUUCCGGUUGAGUAUUACGUCCGAACGACACGGCGCAUGGCUGCAUCUCACAGCUCUUUUGAUAUAGAUGCUGUCAUUCACAGCCAGCUCUCUGGAGGGCGGGGCAAACGCAGGUUCAGCCAAUCACAAAUGCGUGGUAGAGGUCACAUGAGCCCAGAGCUUUCUGUACCAGUCUGCAGAUCCACUGACCUGGCAGAACAUACAGGAAGUAGUCGGAGAGGGAAGAGGGGGCGUCCAAGAAGAAGCACUUUAAGUAGGGCAUCAGGUGCCAAAGCUGCUCUAGGUUGUCCUGCAAAUGAUUCUCAAGCAGGCUGUUCACCAGAAUCAAAGUCCAGCACUCAAGCAGAAUCUCAGCCAAUCCCAUCCCCUGCGUCUUCAGUGAAACUGAAACCCCCUCCCAAGGAAGGCAAAAGGGGAAGGAGAGGUCAUAGAAGAACUACUGUAGAUAAGACCUCAUGUUUCAAAGCACCUACAGAUGGUACAAUAUCUAGUGAUUCGCAAAUGGAUUGUUUGCCACUUUUGGCGCACCUUACAGAAUCAAAGUCCAACUCUUCAGCUGAAUCUACCGGCCAAUCAAAAUUGGACCUAAAAAGAAAAUCACUUCCACAGGCAUUGCCUCAGCCAAUUCCAUCACCUGGACCUGCAGUACAUUUGAAGCCCAGUCCAGAGGAAGGAGUUACCCAAGAUUUUAAGCACCUUCCUGAUUCUCAGCUUUACUUCGAUUCAAAACUCCUCUCUGAUUCUAUUUUAUACCCUAUUUUCAGAAGGCGUUGCCAAACUGGAAGACCAUUAUCUCAGAAUCAAACAUCUCACAUAAAUAAAGAUGAUCAAUCACCUCUUCUGCCAUCAUUAGCGUCACUCAUUCAAGCUCUUCAGGAAAAGGAUACAAAAAGUGGACUUCUGGCAUCUAUUGACCUCCAAGAUUUCCACUUGCCUGAUGAGGAUUUUGGCCAGCUGAAGCUAGAGAGACUACGCUUGUCCCCUUCAGUUGUAGAACCCUUCGCUCAAGGUCCUCUAGUACACAAGACACAGCAAAGCAGCAGGUGCCAGAGAAAGGGUGGGAGAAAGAGUAAUUGUGAAGUACACCGCAAAGAUGAUGAACUGUUUACUCCAGAACCCCUAGAUGCCUCCUCUUCUCUUGAGGAUAGUUUAUCUCUUUGUCAGUCAGACCCCAUUGACCAAUCCCAGACUAAGACACAAAACACUGACCAACUGGAAAAGCACUUUGACAUUGUAAACAACCUACAAACUGAGAACACAAAUAGUGAGACAAUAGAUGAGACCACAGAUAAAGACCAAGUGCCGACCACAAGCAUCGACCAGAUGCACACACAAACAGUCUUCAACAAAGACUUUAAAACCUCAGAAAUGGAAAAGGUCAUGCUUAACAUUAGUCCGCAUGCAGAAUCACAAAUACACAUGCAAAACGAAUCCAAGACCAGCUCUCUUUGCCCAACAGUAUUAAAUCUCAGCCCCUCUUUGACCACACACACUCAGAGAGGGCAAGAUCUUGCCCUGCCAUCUUUGGGAAUGACCCCUCACUUUUUGACUCCAGGUUCACCCAUAGACUUCCACCCACAUCUCCUUUCUCCUUCUGGUCCCCAAAGGAUUCUUUCCUUAAAGUGUGUGUCUCCAGUUAAAACAUUUGGGAAUGUCAAAACUAAUACCUCAACGAAAAGUGCAGAUGCAGCUGAAGACCAAGAAGAUUUUGGCACACAAAGUCCAACUCAAAUUAGUCAAGAAAUUAUGACAAGAGCUCAAAAUAUGGUAAAACCAGGAACCACACCCCAAAACAACAUUGUACCAGGUUUUGAAUUCUUAAUCAAGCCAGAAUCAGAGACUCAGGCCACAUGCAUCUCUGAGAAUGAAUGGGAAAAUUCAUGCAGCUUUAAUACUAAAAGCAAUAUUGAAUGUAAAAUUCAAACCAUUUGCACACUGGACAUUGAUGCCCAACUCCACAGUAUUUCUGAAUCAGAGAGUUUUAAUAUUGUUUCUGAAUCUGCUGCUCAAAUUAAACCUGAUUUCCAAACCCAGAACCAUCCUGAAACAGAAUCUCAAACCUUUGAAGACUCUGAGCUCAGGGCUAAAAACCAAAGUUAUCCUAUUGUGAAUGUGAAACUGCCUCAUUGUGGGGAUGAAUCUGAUGAUGUAAGUCAAACUCUCCUUGAGACAACCUCUUUGGACACCUCCACCAAUCAGAGAACAGAAAAACAGACUGAUUGCACCACUAUUGGGGAUAAAUCAAAGGGCCUUACCAAUUCGUCUCUGAACAAAUUGGCACAAUUAAAUGAGGAAACCUUUCCUGCAACACCUUUGUCAGAUGCAAGCCAUUGUUCAGCAGUCCUUCAGGAGAUACACACUUUUAAGGCUCUGGAGGGCGGAUGUGUGUUGGACUUGUGUUCAGUGCAGUGGCCAUCAGAGAAUUGCUCCAUAUGUGUGGCAGGAGAAUGGAGUGUUUGCCUUUGGGCUCAGAGGAAGGGAGUUCAGCCGUGGAGUCUUUUACACACCUGGACAUUUGCACAGUCUGUCAUGUCUUUGCAGGCGAUUCCAGAUUCUUUAGGCUUGCUCUGUGUGACUUUGGGUCACUUGGAAAUCACAGAGGCGAGGGUUCUCUGCUGUCCAAGUAUGGACGGGCCGUUCUCUCAGACUAUGGUUUGCAGGGACGCGUUGCAAGCGGUGGUGUGUGUGUCUGAUUGUCGACUUGCGUGUUGCUCCACUCCUGGAGAUCAGCAGAAAGUCAGUGUGUUAAAAUUCAAUCAGGAGGGCAGGGUGGUGGACACUCUUCCCCUGGUUUCUGCUAAACAGAACAUUCGAACCCUAGCAGCUGUGGAAGGAGAAAAAGAUGCUCUGAUUGGUUGGACGGAAUGUAAAACAUUCGUUAUAUGGAGCAUGAAAUCAGGCCACCUGCUUCAGACUGUAUGCCUGGAAAAGACUUUAACCAUGACAAACUGCAUGAGAGGAUAUUCUUACAGAGGUGUGCUGUGUAUAUUACUUCAGAAUACAGGCAAUGUGUGUAAUGAAGAGAGUAACACAUCUCUCUUUACUCUGGUGGCCAUGAAUCCACUCACAGGCAAACACAUCACACUUGCAUCCAUCAGCAACCCUGAUCAACACAUAGAACAGUUAAUAGAUGCCGAUGUCUUUGGCCUUGGGCUUGUUGGUGUUUUCCAGUCUGGUCAUCUUGUUGUUUGGGAUCUCAGAGGAAGUGUGGCUAAAGUUGUUGGUGUGCUGGAUGAGUUGUGUCGACUAGCCCGAUGGGCAGGGUCAAACACACUGCUCACUGGAUAUCUGAAUGGGGAUGUUAGUGUGUAUCACUACAAAUCUAUAUUGUAAACUGAUAUGCCAUAAUAUCAAACUUUACACCAGUUAAAGGCAGUCAAUAUGUUUUUGUUUUUUGUUUUUUUAAACAAGAUUGUGUUAUUUGUUCAAUAAUAAUAUUGUUAAAUAAUAAAAACUAUUUAAAAUUAUAAUGUUGUUAAAAUUGUUUGUAAAAUUCAAAGAAAUUAAACGAGAUUACACAAGAUUUGCAAAAUGCACUAUAUGUUGUU